CUCGCCGUCUUGUUGUAGUUGACGGACAAAAUGGGUUUCCUAAGCUGUCCCUUGGUCGCCAUGGUUGCGUUUCACACAAUACCGUUUUGGAAGAGGUGAAAAGAGCUUGGACCACGAAUGGUGUCCGUAAUAGUGACCUAACUAAUGGCCUCAAAAACACUGGAGAGCGCUCGAAAGGGACUCGGGCACCAUUCCAUCAGAUCAAGCUCAAUUGAGAUGCUCCAACCUGUAGGAUCAGCGGACUAUUACCGCGUCUCCAAAGAUGUCGUCUGAAAAGCAUUGAGAGAAUUGUUGGUGGAGACAAUUCUGUCGCAGGCCUGCCGCUUCAUUGACCCCGCAUCAACAGCGGCGGUCACUGGUCCUACGCAUAACUAUAAUGUGUUCUGAACAGGCUAGUUUUUUUUGUACUACUUUGCCCUUCUAUAACACACUGCAUUCGCAGGUUGAAAUACUAAGUUCUGUUUUUCUGGCAACCUGUUGCAAGACAGCACUUACUACCAACUCUAUUCAUCCUUCAUCUUCAAGAUCAUGGCUACACAAGCACAUGUAUCAAACUUGCCUCAAAUGUCCACACAGGCUCUUCGACGUGCGCACGCGGAAGCAGAAGUCCGCACUGCCGCCGCGUCAUAUGGCGAUGCCGAUACGCUGGGUGCAUCGGUCAAGAAAACGGCCGCAGCGGCCGCCGCAUCGGUUCAGGCAUAGGCCUUCCAAUAUGAUCCGAGGUUUGCAUAUCAAGCUCGAUCGGAUCUCUCAAAGAUUAGAGGAACACUCGACAAAGAUGAUUCAGCCCAUAACAAAGCCGAGUCAUUUCUGGGCUGUGAUUUUGUUUGCUUCACCUUCUGAUGCUCCUUGGGCUUCUCCUUUACCAGUCAUGGAGCCACGGGAUAUUCCGGCUGCCUCAACAAAUACAAAAAUGGAUCAAGAAAUGAUUGAAAGGCUGGGUCAGCAGAGAAAUCGAGGGAUUUACUUACUGCAUGAAGGGGAUUAAGCUGCAUCGGACACGAUUGGUGUAAAUAUAGGAGCAAUG